AUGUUUUAUUUUAGCUAAGAAUAUAAAAAUGACUCAAUUGUAUUAAUGAAUAAUUUUACGAUGUAAUAAAGUAUAAUGAAAGAUAAUUCAUUGAAUAGAUAAAUUAAUUAUGAAUUCCCUAGCAGUUAUUGAACCAGAGUUAGAUUAAUUUUAAAAAAGCUCUAUUUAUCUUAAAAUAAAUGUAAAUAUAUGUUUAUAAAUCAAUAAAGCAUCUAUGUUAAAGUAUUGCAGUUGGAUUUUGUGAAUUGGAAAUCAUUAAAUAAUAAAAAUAUCAAAUAAACAAUUGGAAUAGUUUAGGACAUGGAUGUUAUUUAAUCUCAAGUGGAGGAUGUAUCAAUUAUUAUUAUUAUUAGAUAUUUAUAACUAAAAAGAUUGGAAAUUUAAUUUCAAAAAAAAUGGAUUUUGUUUCAAUAAAAAUUAAAUUAUUAAAAUUUGUUAUGAUCCUUUAAAUAGCUUAAUAAUAUUUGAAAAAUUUAAUGAUUCAAAAAGUCAAAUAUAAAUGAAAAUAGAUGCCUAAAAUUUAUAUGCUUGUGUAUAUGUAUCAAAACCAAAGGAUGAGAUUGAAAUUUUAAAUUUUUGA